CACACAUACACACACACACACUUAUUACAUGUAUAAUACCACUUAUUUACAUUGCAAUAUUACAAAAGUUUUCGCUAUAUUUUCUUGUAUUGUUUGCAUGUACCUUUAAUAAUUAUUACGUAAUACGUAUUUACAUAAAUAUAAAGAUUUUACUGACCCGUAACUGGAUUGUCGAACAAUAACAUCACGCGUUUCCACAGAUUAAAACAAAUUUCUGUUAAUUGUUUGCGUUGCGGUGUAGCGCAAUAAUUAUAAUUUACGUACCUGCAACCUAAAAAUUUGAGCAAUAAUUUUCGACGACGUGAAUCGAACGGGUUAAUUUUGGUCUCAUGACUAGUACUUACAUUAAAUUACAUUAAAUCAAUCAAUUCAAAGUAGUAUCUACAACAAAAUUAUCAUGCAAAACGUUAUUAACAGUGUGAAGGGCACUGCAUUAGGUUUCGCUGGAUUUUUGACUCCAGUUUUAAAGGAAUCAAAAUUUAAAGAAACUGGUGUAGUGACUCCAAAUGAAUUUGUUAUUGCUGGUGAUCACUUGGUACAUACAUGUCCAACAUGGGAAUGGGCUUGUGGUGAUGAGUGCAAGACUAAAUCUUAUUUACCGAAAAAUAAACAAUACUUAAUUACAAGAAAUGUUCCGUGUGUACGCCGAUGUAAACAAAUUGAAAAUUGCGAAGUUCAAGAGAAUAUUGUAGAAUCUGAAGAAGGAAAUGAAGGAUGGGUUGAAACACAUCACUUUGAUUAUACAGUCUCACCUUUGAAUGAAAAAAUAUCAGAAAUAUCGUUAGAAGAAAACCCGAACAGUUUAAAUGUAACAAGUCUUAACGAGGAUAGUCAUGUUUUAAAUAGUGCAACCAAUGACAACCCAAUUGUAAGAAAUAUUAAAGUAGACACUCAAAAUGAUCAUGCUAUUGAUGAUGAGGAGGAUGAUGAAGAAGAAGGUGAUGCUAUUGAUAUGGAUGCAUUUGUUGAAAGUGGUUUGCUUGAAGACGAUGAUUCGGUGACUGUUUAUCCAGAACAUACAAAAGAAAAAAAGUUAUCUAGUUCGUCUGUUGAUGGUAUAUUAAAAACACGAACAUAUGACUUACACAUAACUUAUGACAAAUUCUAUCAAACUCCAAGACUAUGGCUUUGUGGUUAUAAUGAAAAUCAAAAACCUUUAAAUGUUGAAGAAAUGUAUGAAGAUGUGAGUCAAGAUUAUGCAAAGAAAACUGUUACCAUGGAAUCACACCCACAUAAUCCAGGUCCUUCUAUGGCUUCAAUACAUCCCUGCAAACAUGCAGAUAUUAUGAAAAAGUUGAUCCAAAUGGUGACUGAUGGCGGUAAAGAUUUAGAAGUACAUAUGUACUUAAUUAUAUUUUUGAAAUUUGUUCAGUCAGUUAUACCGACUAUAGAUUAUGAUUAUACUCAAAAUAUUAAUUUAUAGUAAGAGUCGAGUUUUUCUAUAAAAAUAUGAGAGUAUAAUAUAAUAUUUCAAAUCAAAAUUC